AUGGCAGUGAGAGAAGCAGAAGAAGAAUCAGAUAUAGAUAAACUAAUCAGCAGAAGAAAUGACAUCUCACUGCAAGAUGCAGCUGCUACCACCACAGCUGCAAGAGAUGUAGAAGAAGGAGGAGAUAUGAUAAUAAGAGCAGUGCUCCCGCGGCUUAUUGACACUGCUGUCUUCACCUUCAACCUGGCUUUCUUGACAGCUACAGAGGCCGCAGCCGCACCAUGA